UUGAAAACUCGCCUGAAACGUCUAGCAGAGUUGCAGUUGAGUUCGGCUCUGAAGUGGUCGGGAGUGAGAACUGAACAGGGUCUCUCUGGCUGUAUUUGUGGAGAAACGUGCAUGUGCUGAAGGAGUUGUUCUUGUUCCUAAGGAGACCUGGCGGAGGAAAUUGCCGGAUCUAGACCGAUUGACAAGACCAUGGGUUCCCUGAUACAGUCCUACCACGAGUUGUGGGAGAUCCGAGAUCUAAGGGUCGAAGGAUGGCCUAUGAUGUCCACCCCGUGGCCGACGGUGGCCUUGUCUGCCGCUUAUGUGUAUCUGGUGACCAUCUGGGGUCCUCGGUUCAUGAAAGACCGCAAACCUUAUGAGCUGAAGAUGCCCAUUCAGAUCUAUAACAUCAUUCAAGUGGUCCUCUCCGCAUACAUCGUGUACGAGGCUUGUGUCAGUGGUUGGACCAACCAUUACAGUUGGGUAUGUCAGCCCGUGGAAACGAGCUCCGAUCCGGAUUCCAAUGCCAUGCGAAUGGCCAGAAUUGUAUGGAUCUAUUAUCUGAGUAAAUUCGUCGAGUUCCUUGACACUUUCUUCUUCAUCGCGCGCAAAAAGUUCUCACACGUGUCCGUUCUGCAAGUGGUCCAUCACAGUAUCAUGCCCAUCUUUGCGUAUUGCUUGUGCCGAUGGCUUCCUGGUGGUCACGAAUCCUUCGGUGGGAUGCUCAACUCUGUGGUGCACUUCAUUAUGUACGGAUAUUAUUUCAUGGCCGCCCUGGGUCCGCAGUUUCAAAAAUAUCUGUGGUGGAAGAAGUAUCUGACCACGUUCCAAAUGAUCCAAUUCUUGGCUGUGUUCACCAAGAGCAUGAUUCUGAUCUUGGGACUGGCCGAAUGUGGAUAUCCGUGGCAGUUCUCGGCUGUGACCGCCAGUAUCAUGGUGGUGUUCUUUAUUCUCUUCGCCAACUUCUUCAUCCAAAACUACCUGAACAAACCCAAAUCCAGAAAGAGCGCUUAAACCCCCAAAGCUUCCGCCUAUUUUAUGUAUCUCGUCAUGCGAUCCAGAUAAAUAAAUGAAAAAUUCUCGUGAAUCUUACAA